UAUCCGGUCAGAGCAGAAAAAAUACAGAAGACUGAGCUUGGGUUGGGAUGUUUUAAAUUGAAAAACCAUGUCGUCAGGCUUUCGGCGCGUGUUGACAGUUCUUCGAAGUCCAAGAUCAUUAGUUAUUUUACCCAUGUCUUCACUAAUAUUUAUGCACAGCAGACAAGUGGGUAGAUGUAAGGGCCGUGCUCUAAUCACUUACACCAACAAGAAGCAGGAGGAGUUGAAUUUGGCACCCUACGUCAAGGAGUCACCCAAGGCUGUGCUCUGCAUCAACUGCCAAGAGAGAUUAAAGGGACACCUGCUUGUUGAAAACCGCCAGAGUUUAAAAGAUGGCUCCAGGGAGAUGUUAGAUAAGGUCAGAAGUGACCUUGGGUCAUUGUUGGACAAGGGCCGCGGACUGGACGCUGGAGGGUUAGAGGUGCUGCUGGCCUGUCUGGUUAGAAUGAAGAAACAAGGUGGGGAUAUUUCAAGUGCAACAUGGGCACUGUCUGGGUCUUCCCCAAUCAAUGGGCUUUCUCAGUCCUCCUUACUGGAUGCUAGACAUAUUGGAACAGCUUGGGGUAAAAAGAAAAACGGUAUACAACAGAGUUUAGAUGGAAAGACGUCGAAAUAUUUGUCUCAAAAUUUGAAAACUUUUGGUAUAAAACAUGGUGCUGUUCCUGCUGACCCAGGAGGGUGCUCACUAUCUCUGUCCGGGAAGAGAAACGGUUGCGUCGUGCACACAUUACUCAACUCUGUUCAGCUGGAUGUUCACCAGCUAGGCUUGAAUACACCACUCAGGUGUGAUGGAAAAGAAGACUCUACAUCUCCUGAAGAAGACCCAGACAAGACACCAGCUGAUGUUUUAUUUAAAGCACAGGAAUAUAUCAAUGAGAAGAUGCCAACAAUUUUUUCUCAAGAGAUACAGUGGGAUUUUUUUCGUGAUGAUAUGGUUUUUGUGAACGCAUAUGAUGAACCACACACCUCCACAUGUGGUGUGUAUGCUUUUAAAAAGUGGCUCAGGGCAAAGAAGUUUAAAGUAAAAGUUCUGCUGCACACACGCAUUGAACUUUUGAGCUCAGUGGUGGACCCAGACUCGGGAAGCAUAACUGUUCGCUGGAGGCUGGCGGGGGUCCCCUUCUGGAGAUCCUGGACCAGUAGAAAGAGAAAAGAAGAUUUGGAAAAUUGGUACGAUGGUGUUGCAAUCUUCUAUGUGGACAAAAAUGGUUACAUUUGGAGACUUAGGAUAGACAAAAGGGAGACUAUGAGGAGAAGCACAAACGUGUUCAAAUUCGCCUUAGCCCGUCUUCGUCCCAAACCUGCUUUUAGUCCAACAUGAUCUAUAGAAAGUGUCUUUCUCUGUUCUGUAAAACA